UCUUGUCACAUUGCCCACUCUCUACCAUAGAGCGGAUAGGCUGGGUGCAGAGCGACCCAGUGAGUCACCAGCGGUGCUUUAUAUUACUGGAGCAGGAAGGGAUGCAUCAGAAUUAAAGGGAGUAAGCGGCGGAGAGAGAACCUGACCUGGGGAUCGGGCACACCAUCAUCACCCCAUCCGUCCCAUAUCACAGCUCAUGCCCGGAUACUGCUGCUUACAUCUGCCAGAACAGUGAUUUGACCAUGUCGGAGGAUCGUGUUUUGCGGAGUCGCCGUUUAUUGUCUAAAGCUCCUGCGAGCCCAGAAAAAGAGGAUGUAAUAAGGAGAGCAGACGGAGACAGGCCCCGUAGGGCUGUAAGUAAUGGUUUUAUGGACUUUGAACAUGUGAUACACAGGAAGAUGGAACUGAAGAGGAAAGCAGAGUUUCUGAAGAGUGAAUUAAUGAAGGAAGUAGACAUUCACUUCAAUGAAUUUGUGAACAACUUUAUUGAAGAAUCCACUGCUCUUGAAACCUCUGCCUCAGCCACCAACUUCUACCCAGGAAAUGAAGAAAAAGAUGGUCACAAAGUGAGGACCGGGAAACCACCGCCUGAGCAUGGGAAGCUCUUUGUAUCGAGACGCUCUCUUCUAGACGAGCUGUUCGAGGUCAAUCACUUCCGUACGAUCUACCACAUGUUCAUUGCCCUCCUCAUCCUCUUCAUUCUUAGUACAUUGGUUGUGGAUUGCAUUGACAAGGGCAGACUCGUUUUGGAGUUUGAUCUUUUGGUUUACGCCUUUGGUAAAUUCCCUAUUGUGUUAUCCACGUGGAUAGCCAUGUUCCUGAGCACACUGAUCAUCCCAUAUGUCCUCUUCUCAAUGUGGGCCCAGGGAUACAAGGCCGCUUCUCAUCGCACCUUGCGCUCUAUUGUCUUUGGGUCGCUCUACCUGUCAUUUCAGCUGUUUGGCCUUGGCUUCUGCCCUGCAUACAUAGUUGUGCAGUACAGUUUACCCCCAGCAUCACGGUUUAUUGUCAUCCUGGAGCAGGUGCGACUGAUGAUGAAGGCACAUUCUUUUGUGCGAGAAAAUGCCCCUCGAAUCUUCUCUUUUACCAAGGAAAAAUCAACGGUUGUUCCAGUCCCACAGGUUACACAGUACCUGUAUUUCCUGUUUGCUCCUACCCUGAUAUACCGAGACAACUAUCCAAGGAAUCCAUCCAUACGAUGGGGUUAUGUUGCCACUAAAUUCCUCCAGGUGCUUGGCUGCCUCUUCUAUGCCUACUAUGUCUUCGUCCGGCUCUGUAUUCCACUUUUCCACAAUAUCAGCCUGGAACCUUUCAGCUUGCGAAUCAUGGUCCUGUGUGUUUUCAACUCCAUCCUCCCAGGUGUGCUGAUUCUCUUCCUGGCCUUCUUCGCUUUUCUGCAUUGCUGGCUCAAUGCCUUUGCAGAGAUGCUCCGCUUUGCCGACAGGAUGUUCUACAAGGACUGGUGGAAUUCCACAUCAUUUGCUAACUAUUACCGGACGUGGAAUGUGGUUGUACAUGACUGGUUGUACUACUAUGCCUACAGAGACUUCCUUUGGUUUUUCGGCAAGAGGUUCAAAGCGGCCGCCAUGUUGUCUGUGUUUAUGGUGUCCGCUGUAGUACAUGAGUACGCCCUGGGGAUCUGCUUUGGAUUCUUCUAUCCGGUUCUAUUCAUCCUUUUCAUGGGCUUUGGCAGUAAGUAUUACAGCCUCAAUCCCAACACACCCUGAGAAAUGGGAGAAAGG